GCCGUGUUGACUCACUAAUCCGGAGAUCCCAGUGAGUUCCGCGUCGACGAGCUCGGGCUAAGCCCGAUCGAGCACGCGACCGCGGAAGAAUUGAUUCACCGUCCCGUCUCAAAUUUCGAACUGCGCGACGGUCGCAAACGGCGUGUGCAAGGUCAAGACGUGUCAGAGUAUCCUCUCUGAUAGUCCUUGCAGUGAUAAUCCCCCGCGACGCCAAAUAUCUCAAAUGGGGAAGAAGCGGACCCAUGCUGAGACUAAGGAUGGCUUUACGAAGCCGCCUCCGGGCCAGAACCGGGUGAAGAACGACAAGAAGGAUGCGCGCAAGGGUGGAGAUGCUGGAAAGAAGCGCUCAGCAUUGGUAUUCAAGGUGCAGCCUGAAUGGCACACUGUCGAGCUGCCUCAACUUCCCAUAGUCGAGAACCCUACGACCCCCCCGAAAUACAUUCUUGACGAUCUCCACGCCUACGCUGAUGAGCUCCUGGAAGCAGAGACGACAGAAUAUGCCGCCUCGCACAUGUCCAAGGAUGCGUCGCACAAGUUCAUGUCCACUAUCAUGGCAUCCGGUACUAUGGAGGAUAAGGUCUCGGCCUUGACUCUGUUGGUUCAAGAGUCGCCACUGCACACUACUAGGGCGUUCGAGCAGCUGCUAGGCUUGUCGCGUAAGAAGAGCAGGAGUGCUGCGAUGAUGGCUUUGGCUGCGCUGAAGGAUCUGCUGGGUCAGGGCGUUCUGUUACCCCCGGACAGGAAGCUAAAAGCUUUCGCACGGCAGCCUGGUCUUCUGAGCGCGCUACAGGGGAAGAACAUGCACUGGAAGUAUGGCGAGAAGCUACCCGGCGAGCUGCAGAAGAUCCACUUGAUUUCGUGGUCCUACGAAGACUGGCUAAAGAAGCAGUACUUCGAGAUGCUCAAGAUUAUCGAGGGCUGGACCAACGAUGAAGUCGAGUACUCGCGGAAUCGCGCUGUGACCUUUGUCUGGGAGCUGCUGAAAGAGAAGCCAGAACAGGAAGAGAACUUGCUCAGGCUGCUCAUCAACAAGCUUGGAGACAAAGAGAAGAAGGUCUCGUCGCGGGCAUCGUACCUGCUACUCCAGCUUCAGAUUACCCACCCGCUGAUGAAGAGUGUCAUCAUCAACUCGAUCGAAUCAGACCUGAUCUUCCGACCGAACCAAAGCGCGCACGCCAAGUACUACGCCGUUAUUACUCUCAACCAGACCGUCCUUAGUGUGAAAGAGCAGGAAGUUGCCAACAAGCUGCUGGAGAUCUACUUCAGCAUCUUCCUUGGCUUGCUCAAGAAGCAGAAGGACCACGAGAAGGAAGAAAAGAAGAUUGCAGUGCUGAACAAGAAGGGCGAGGUACAAGGCGGUGGCGCCUUGCCUGGCAAGAUGGCGAAGAAGAAGGCUGAGAAGGACGCCACUAUGGCAUUCAAGGUCGCGGACGAGUCGAGAGAAAAGCUGAUCUCUGCUAUCCUCACGGGCGUCAACCGCGCCUUCCCCUUCGCCAAGACCGACGAUGCCAACUUCGAGGAGCAACUCAACACCAUCUAUCAGGUCACUCAUUCUUCCAACUUCAACACUGGGAUCCAGGCCAUGACUCUUAUCCAGCAAAUCUCCACCACCAAGAACAUCUCCACUGAUCGCUUCUACCGGACACUGUACGAAUCUCUCCUCGACCCACGCCUCAUUACGACUUCCAAGCACAUCAUGUACCUCAAUCUGCUCUAUCGGUCACUCAAAGCGGACACCAGCAUCAAGCGCGUCAAGGCAUUCGUCAAGCGCUUACUUCAGAUCAUCCACAUGCACGAACCUCCUUUCAUUUGCGGUGUUCUCUAUCUCAUCAACGAGCUUAUUGCAACCUUCCCCAGCAUCAAGGCUAUGUUGUCAACCCCAGAAGACCAUGUCGACGAUGGCGAGGACGAGCACUUCGAGGAUGUACCUGAGGAAGGCGAAGAGAAGGCGGAUGAGAAGAAGCCUGUUAAGCCUGCUUAUGAUGCCCGGAAACGAGAUCCCGAGUACGCUCAAGCAGACCUGUCGUGUUUGUGGGAACUGCUGCCACUUCAGGUACAUUACCACCCUUCGGUACAUGUUCUGGCAUCGAAGAUCAUCAACCAAGAUGCCAUCAAGGAGAAGCCAGAUCCAACUCUCUACACCCUCAUGAACUUUCUCGACAAGUUCGCCUUUCGUAACGCAAAGACUAAGGUACAAGGCGUGCACGGAUCCUCGAUCAUGCAGCCUAUGUCUGGCACCUCAAAGGCUGCCGACUACCUCAUCACAAACCGCGAUGGCGAUCGCACUCACGAUCCCCUCAACUCGGAAGCUUUCUGGCGCAAGAAGGUCGACGAUGUCCGCGACGACGAAGUCUUCUUCCACACAUACUUCGAGAAGGCUGGCAAAGCCAAGCAGGCCGACAAGAAGGCGAAGAAGAAGAACAAGCAGGAUGCGGAUAGCGAGGACGAGAGCGGCGAGGACGAGAUUUGGAAGGCACUUGUCAAGUCACGACCAGAUGUCGAGGGCGACGGCGGCGACGAUGACUUCGAUGAUAUCGACAUGGACGAUAUGAUGAGUGACUCGGAUGCCGAAGGCGGUGUCACCAUGGACGAUGGCGUUGAACUCAACCUCGGCAGCGAUGACGAAGGUGAUGCACCUGUGCCCGCUGCCGAUGAUGAUGACAACGACGAUGACUUCGAAAACUUCGACCUCGACGACGAAGACGCAUUCAUGGACGAUGAUGACGAAAUCCCCGUCGACAUUGGCGGCCUCAUCGACGAAGAAGGCGAGGACGACACCAAGGAUGGCAGGAAGAAGAAGAAGAGGAAGCUCAAGCAGCUCCCCACAUUUGCUUCUGCGGACGACUACGCGAAGCUCAUCGGAGACGACAGCGAGUAGAGCGAGCGGAGCAAGUAGAUGUAAUUACUGGUUAUGUAUAGCACACCUGUGGAGCCAGUCGGAACGGGCGUUGGGCUAUGAUGACAGGCGCAUCGGGACGUUCACGGAGUUCUUUGCAUGCUUCUGAGCGACUUCAUGUAGAUAUCCUUUGCGAGUGUAAUAACAACCUUUGGAGACACAAA